UAACCGCUAAUUUCACGCGGUACACGAAGCAGGCGGUAGCAGGACAGCCUCUUCCUGUUCCAUAGAACAUUUAUUGUCUAUGGCUUCUGGUAUUAUGGUCUUAUGCAACCUGUCAUUACUAUCUUAUAUUCAUCACAGAUAAAAGUCGUGAGGCAUGUUAUGCUCAACCGUAAUACCUUUUUCCAAAACGUCUUUUUUUUCUCACGUGUGACAAAUGUAAAAUUUCGUCUGCGAAAUUUCACUUCAAUUGGAGGAUCACUUUCUUUUGACAGGAUGUCUGCAUCUUGAUGCCAUUUUUACAUGGAAACACUUUUUCAUAAUGUUACUCCGUAAUGCUCCUUUGUGGCUCAGUCGUAAUGGAACACACACCUCGAGUUCAAAAUUUCUCUCGAUCUUGUAUUCAACAAGUGCUUCUCAACAAGGACCCAAAGAAACAUCACUGCUGGAAGAACCAUGGAUCAGCAUAUCAGAAAAAACUAAAUUGCAUAUUGAUUCCUUAAAUCCAGCAAUUUUGUGUCCACCAGAAAAAUUGUUCAUAGGUGCUCAAACAAAUAUUGCCAAUUUUGUAAAAGUUAGUGGACUGGCAGGAGUCAAAGAUGCAAAUUGGAAACCAAUGGAAUUUGAUGUCAGCAAACUCCAUACAUAUUGUUUGAUGCUCUCAAAAAUAAGACUCACCACUCUUGUGGUGAUUACAACAAUGGGUGGUUAUGCUCUGGCACCAACAGCCUUUGAUCUUCAAACGUUUGUUAUGUGUUCGCUGGGAACAGGCAUGGUAUCUGCAACUGCAAAUUCAAUCAACCAAUUUUUUGAAGUACCAUUCGACUCACAGAUGUCGAGGACAAAAAAUAGGGUCCUUGUGCGUGGUUACUUAACCCCUGCUCAAGCAAUCAUUUUGGCAGCAACAUCCGGUAUCGUAGGACUUUCGAUACUUUAUUUUCAAGUGAAUGGAUUGACUGCUGGACUUGGAGCUGCCAAUCUUGUCCUUUACACGAUUAUAUAUACUCCGAUGAAACGAUACAGUAUUUCAAACACCUGGGUCGGAGCUGUUGUUGGUGCUAUUCCUCCAUUAAUGGGAUGGUCCGGUUGUACCGGCGACAUAUUUGCUCCUGGUGCAUGGAUUAUGUCUGGUUUGCUUUAUGCCUGGCAAUUUCCGCACUUCAACGCUCUUUCGUGGAACUUACGACCAGAUUAUUCACGAGCUGGUUAUCGAAUGAUGGCAGUGACGAAUCCAGUGCUUUGUCGACGAACUGCCUUUCGUUAUACAGCCGUCAUCAUGGGAUUGUCUUAUCUUACACCCGUGCUUGAAGUUACUAAUUGGUGGUUUGCUCUUGGGGCAACUCCAUUGAACGCGUAUUUUCUAUAUCUUGCGUGGAGAUUCAACAAAAAUUCAGACAGCGCAAGUUCCCGCAAAUUGUUCAGGUUCUCACUCGUCCAUUUGCCGGUACUGAUGUUGAUGAUGCUGUUGUGUAAAAAAUAUUGGGCAAGUGGAAACGAAAAACAAAAUCAAAGGAGCUUGACGGAAACGAUACGUCAACCUGCAAAUGAUGUUCUGAGUAUCUUGACAAGAACCCUCACGCCAACGGGAUCAUCAGUAUGAAAAACUCUUGAAUUCAACAAUUAACGUAGAAUAUAUAUAUAUAUAUAUAUAUAUGUAUAUUUAUAGUAUUUCCGCAGUGGUAAUAUUCACUGCGGGAAAAACGUGAAUAAUGUACAAAGUUCUGUUAAAGAAAAUAUCAUUUUCACUGAGUUCCUUCAUCUUAA